CUUUUCUUCUGUUUUGGCUUAAGGGAAAGGUUUUUGUAUUAUAAUAACAAGUUUAGAGAUGGGCAUAAUGUCCAUUAUUUAUGUGUAUUAUUGCGUGUGAAAUCAAUGCAUUUAUUAAAGUUUUUACUAAAACGGGCAGUCAUUAACACAGAAAAAGUUUUUAUCUAAUGUUGUUAUAACGUAUUUAACUAGUUAAUGCUUCAGGUAAAUAAUGGCAGAAGGAAUUGAAUCAGCCAUAAAAUUUUUAAAAGAAUUACGAAUGGUACUUGAACCAUCAUUUGGACCAUAUGGAAAAGAUAUUUUAUUAAAAAGCAAUACUGGUAAGACGUAUGUUACAAAGAGUGGUUUAUCUGUCUUACGUCAACUUGAAAUUAAACAUCCCAUGGGUGCGUUAAUAAAAAACAACAUUGACUGCUUUUCACGAUGUACUGGUGAUUUAUGCAAGACAUUUGCACUUGUUUUAACACAUCUCAUUGAAUCAAUACAUUCUAAGUUCAUUAAUGAUGUCUCAUCAACAAAAGCAAGAGAUAUGCAGAGCUUGCUCAGUUGUUUGAGUAUGUCUUUUACAAAAAUAGCAUCUUUUCUCUCGCUAGAUGUUAUUUAUUUUGCUUUGAAUAAACAUUUAAAGUCGUUGAAUCUCGAUCCUGGUGAGUUGCAUGGGAAUUAUUUUGAUGGUGUUUUAGAAGCAUCGUUAGCAAGUAAACAUAACAUGCAAACAAAAAAUAUUAUCAAAGGAAUCAUAAAAGACGUUUUUAAAAUACUAAGUUUUACUUUUGAAAAUCUUGAAUAUCUGAUAUAUAACUUUGAAAUGGUUUGUGUCAAUGUCCAUGGUUUGCCUUUAAAUUAUUCGAGAGUAAUUACUGGCGCCAUCAUCGAAAGAGAAUGUGUCCCUUCCUGUAUUGAUUGGCAGAAUUGUUGUUUUAUUGUGUUAUGUGGAGAUCUUUCGCGUGCAAGUGGUGAUGAUAUUUUUCUAAACUUGACUAAAGACUGUUCGAUUCAAGCCCAACUAGAUGCUACAGUGACAAGCUACCAAAACUUGAUAAACGUUUUGAAGCAUAAGAAAAUCAACAUCAUUUUUGCUGAGCAAUCAUUACCUAAACAACUUGGUUUUUUGUUGCAAUCAAAUCAAAUAGCGUAUGUUGAACAUGUGUUAAAAGAUGAUUUACUACAUUUAUGUUCUUUGUACGAAACAUCAUUUCUUUCCGGUUUGUAUGAUAUCUUCUUUCUCGAAGAAAAUGUAAUUGGUCAGAUCUCUUUUUUUAAAUCAUGUACACUUGGUAAACAAGUAUGCUGCCAUCUUGGACCAGCUGUAUUGACCAACAAGAAGCGACCAAAUUUAAAAAUUCUUUUAUGUUCACAUUCAGAUGGCAUUGGCAGAGAAUAUUCACAGACCAUUAAUAACUUGUUUAAAAUGUUGUCUCAAUGUUUUAAUUCAGACCAUGCUACAUGCUCUGUGAUGCCAGCUUGUGGUGUAUUUGAAACUUUUUUAGCAAAUUACUGUUCCGAGGUUUUAGUGCGUGACCCUACUUUUGAUAAGACAUUGCAGCACAUAUUAACAGAAAGUUUAUUUACUAUCCCUAAACUAUUAUUUGAAAACUUGAGCAAGCAUAAAGCGAAAAGAUUCCUUCCUUAUCUUCCAUGUAGAAUAAACAGUGCUUCGACUACCGAAUUAAAUUUGGUUGGCAUAAAUGUCAAAACUGGUGAUUUUGUUGAUGCAAGUGCUAUUGAGGUGUAUGAACCAUUCAGUACAAAGGUGCUACUUGUGAAAAAUGUUUUGCAGCUAUGUUCCCAAAUCAUACGGAUUGAUAGAAUUGUUCCUAUAAUUAAACCAAUUUGUAAAGUAAAUGAAAAUUGUGAAAUUGAGGAUGUUUAAGUUUUGAUCUUUCUGUGCAUAA